AUGACAGUCAGUGAGAUAAGAGUCCGUAAGAUAAAUCCCCGAGCUAAGAUUCCGAAGAGGCAGUCGGAGGGUGCUGCCGGAUACGACAUCCAUUCUGUGGAGUCGGGCAGAAUCCCGCCAAACGGGAGGAAGUCUGUGCGAACAGGGCUGGCAUGGGACGUUCCCCAGUCGGUUGUGGGGCUAGUAUUUGGGCGGUCGGGGCUUGCUCUGAGAAAUUGGAUAGAGGUGGUGGAAACAUGUGUGCAUCCGGGAGAAGACAAGGAGCUGGUGAUUACACUUGUUAACAACGGAAGAGAAGUCUUUGAAUACGAGGAAUCCAGCCGCAUAGCACAGCUUGUGUUUGUUCCUGUGCUAAGCUGUGAGAUAGACCUUGUGGAGUCCCUGGACCUGACAGAGCGGGGUUGCCUUGGAUUUGGAUCGACAGGAAUGAAAUAA